AUGAUGAAUAGCUCGAUGGAUAAUGACUACCAAGCAAACUUGAACAGCGUUCUUCCAUUAGUGUGUGAAUAUUUGAACCAGAAUGAUGUCUUCAAUCUCACCCUUUGCUGUACUACUUUCAAUAAGUCUUUGCAACGGCAUCUAUUUAAGUCUAUUAUCAUACAAACCGAGCCAGUUUUAAGGGAUGUAAGGAGCCAUCUGGAUUGGAAUACCACAUAUAUCACUGGUUGUCGAAAUAUAAUCAAAUCAAAUGAUCAGAAUGAUAUUUAUGUCUACGAUAGAGUGGAGGAGUUGAUCCGAUCAGGAAAAUUACAUCUAAUUGAAAAAUUAGUUAUAGAAAAGGAUAUUUUUUUUGAUAAGGAUAACGGCAAUGCAUUGUUGAUAAAGUUGAUUGAGCGAAUUAUAGAGAUUGACCUGAUAAAAGUCUUGGAGAUCAAAGAUUAUGAUCUAUUCUCUAAUUUUUAUGACUCUUAUCUGAAGUUGACCCAUCUAACUAAAAUCGAAGUCAUUGAAUUAGAUGAUCUGGAAAACACGAAAUCAUUAUUUACCUUAAGAGAAAUUGUACUUACUUUAAUUAAUGACAAUGAGCGUCAGAUCAUUAAUCUGAGUGAGAACACUAAGAAAAUUCUGAGAAGUAAUAUAAAAUCGGUUCAUAUAAAUGAUGUUGAUUACGCAUCCGGAGAAAUUAUUAAUCUUCUGAAAAGAAAUCAUAUCAGUUUUCCAAAAGCACAAAAUAUUUCAUUCAAGCACGUCCAUAGACUGGAAUGUGGUCCAAUAACUGAUAUUAAUCUAGGGAAUAUAUUUGAUCUAAAAAAAAUCAAGGCUUUAGAAGCGGUAAUCAACUGUGAAGAAUAUGGCCAUUGUUCUUGUUUAGAUGAGUUUUUAACUAAAAUUCGAGAUGAUCUCAUCGUAAUUAACAAACUGGCAUUAUCACAAAAGCAUUUCAUAACCGUACCUAACCACAAAGAGCAAGAAGAUUGGGAUAUUAUAAUAUGUAGGUUUCUCGUAAACAUACCUGAUGUCGAUAGUAAUCUAUCGACUUUAAUAAUAAAGCAUGAUCCACCUUUUGAAGGCUUUGCUGAAGAUAGUGUUGAUGGUAACUAUAUCAGGAGGAAAAACCUCUUUAUGAGUGUUUUUCCGGUACUUAAAGCUCUAAGAUCACUUUGGGCACCAGUGGUUCUCCAAACUAUAAGUGCGUAUGAAGUCCCAAUGGCUGACAUACUUUGGAAUGGUUGUGAGUGUGAGUACUGUAAAAAAUGGUUGCCAGUAUUUGACCAGUAUUUGAUGAAUCACCAAUACUAUUCAAAAGAUGAGGGUGACUAUAAAGACAUCAUACCAACCCCAUUUGCUGCAUUCACGGGAUAUUCCCUUGCAAAGCGGGUAAUAGACGAUGUAAAUUCUCUAUUGGAAUUAACUACCAGAGCACCUCAUAUGUUCAACUGGGAUUUCCAUACUUACGAUGCCAUUCGUCACUUUGAGACAUAUGAGUGUCAUUUUGACGAGAGGGUCUUCCCAAUGCUUGGUACAGCAAUCUCACAUUUCUUUUAUAACUACAUGGACUUUCUUGUGAAGCAUUUGCCAAAUUUGGCAUUCACUCAGUUUUCUGGUAUUUACUUUACUGUAAAGGAUCAGAAAUACGAUUGUAUAUAUGACUAA